AUGAAAGAAUCGUCCAAUACGUCGAUCGAUUAUUAUAUACUACCGAAUAAGAUUACUUGCAGUAUAGCCGGGAUGUGGCCUAUCGACGAGAACAGUUCGACAAGUAGAAAACUAUUCGCUUAUUUUCGCUUGUUGUUCGCGUUAACUGCGGUCAGUAACGUUUUUGUACCGGAAAUUCUGGCCAUAGUGGUGAAUUGGGGUGACAUACAGGUGCUAGCAGGAGUGGGAUGCGUCUUAACCACUGUCGGACAAUUAUUGUACAAAAUGAUUUACUUAGUGGCAAGAAGAGAAAGAGUAUACUGGCUUUAUAACGAAUUAAGAGAUCUAUGGGACAGUUCCAACGACCUCAAAGAAAGACAAUCCUACCAAAAGUUAGCUUAUCAGGCACGAACUAUUACUAUAGUAUUUUAUUUUUCUUGUCUAUGCAACGUGUUCACUUUUACGAUUGCGGCUGCAGUCGAUUACAUUAAAAUCGAGUACAAUAUCAACAACGGCACCUACAAAAAUCGUCAUUUACCUUUUGAAGUCUGGUACGGAACUAACGUUACGGACUCUCCUCAAUUCGAGAUCGCUUUUAUUUGCCAAGUCAUAUCGUCCAUGAUUUGUUGUGCAGGGAUCUCUGGUUUGGACGCCACGUUUGUGACCAUAAUUUUGCACGUAUGCGGUCAGUUUAAGUUAAUUAACACAUGGAUCGAUAAAAUCGGAAUUGAAAUAAAUUGCGAGUCUAUGGAUGCCAAUUAUUUAAGUAACUUGGAAGAAAAUUUGACCAGGUGCAUUUGUCAUCACCAACGAAUGAUUAACGUGGUGAACAAUGUCAAUAAUUUGUUGACCCCCAUCAUAUUUGUGCAACUUCUUACGAGCGGAGUGGAAAUUUGUUUGAGUGGAUUCGCGGUUACUGAUAACAAUGGAACAAGAGCCGAUCAACUAAAAUGUAUAUCUUAUUUAAUAUCAAUGUGGAUACAACUUGUAUUAUGGUGUUGGGCCGGCGAAAUUCUCGUUAAUGAGAGUCAGCGAAUAGGUCACACGAUUUAUCUUAACGUAUCGUGGUACAGUUUACCGCCAAUUUAUCAAAAACAGCUUUACUUUAUAAUCGUUAGAACGCAACAAUAUUGCAGUAUCAAAGCAUUAACCUUUCAAACUUUAUCUAUUAAUACGUUAACAAGCGUGUUCAACACAGCUGCCUCUUAUUUCACUCUAUUACGACAAGUACAAGACAAGUAA